AUGUCUUUCAACUCUCCAUUUUUCGAUUUCUUUGAUACCGUUUCUAGCGAAGUCGACAAUUUCAACAGAUUACUCAACCAGGGCAGGUAUUCGACAUAUGCCCCAGCCCGCCAGGUGACGCAAGGUAAGAAUGACGAGAAAGCUGUCACGAAGACCCAGAAGUCCCCAGACUCCACUGUCGCUAAGAGAACUCCAUUUUUUGACUUAGACAAUUGGUUUAACGAUAACUCGCUAUUUUCAUUGGGCAGCAGCGGAGACCUUGUUCCACCUGUUGACAUUUUAGACCAGGAUAAGAACUACGAACUUCAUAUCACAGUACCUGGCGUGAAGUCUAAGAAGGACAUAAAUUUGGAAUACCACCAGGAGGAGAAUCAGAUCAUUGUUACGGGUGAAAUCCCAUCUUCCUCCACUGACGAAAAUAAGGAUAAGGUAAAGGUUCAAGAACGUGCUUCUGGUAAGUUCCGCAGAGUUAUCACACUACCUGAGAAGCCAGGUGUCGACAUCGAUAACAUGAAGGCGAACUAUUCCAGUGGUGUGUUGACACUUACAAUUCCAAAGUUGGAACCAUCUAAAGACGACAAGAAUGCCGUGCGCAAGAUUGAGAUUUCUUCGGAAGAAUCCUGGGGUGACUCCAAAUUGUAA